AUGUCCCGGCAUGAGACUUCUCCGAGCACAGUGCCCCCUGCCAGCAACCAGCGCCCCAACGCCUGCUGCUUCUGCUGGUGCUGCUGCUGCAGCUGCUCAUGGAACGAGGACCGGGAACGAGCGUGGAGGGCAUCCCGGGAGACCAAACUGGAGACCAUCCCAAACUGUGAAGCAUGCAGCAAGCCCACGCCAGAGGAGGUGCGUGGCUGGGCACAGUCCUUCGAGAAGCUGAUGAAGAGCCCGGCCGGGCGCAACGUCUUCCGGGAGUUCUUGAGGACUGAGUACAGCGAGGAGAACAUGCUCUUCUGGCUGGCCUGUGAGGAGCUCAAGGCAGAGUGCAACAAGCACAGCAUCGAUGAGAAGGCCAGGAUCAUCUACGAGGACUACAUCUCCAUCCUCUCACCCAAGGAGGUGAGCCUGGACUCGCGCGUGCGGGAGGUGAUCAACCGCAGGAUGCAGGAGCCCUCUUCGCACACCUUUGACGACGCCCAGCUGCAGAUCUACACCCUGAUGCACAGGGACUCCUACCCCCGCUUCCUGAACUCUGCCAUCUACAAAUCCCUGCUCCACAGCCUCUCCCGCUCCUCCUCCGAGUCCUAA